UUGCUUUGAUUCUCAAGAUGGCGGCUUACAUGGUAUUAGCGUAUUAGCUGGUGUAUUAGCCACCGUUGAUGGUGUGAUAUGACCAGUAUGACAUCUGCAGCCGUUAGCAGCCGUAACGCUUAUAUAAAAUACCUUCGAAAGACUGCGCGGGCGCUGUUUCCAGUGUUUAAAGAGAAGGGGCAGCCUUUGGCCGACGUAACUGAGAAGCUCACGCUGCAAUUCAAUCAUGAACUGCAGGAGCGCCUGCAGAACAUUGGCAUCAGCGUCCUGCCGGCCGGUGUGCUGGAACCGUGGGCCAGCGGUGUCAUAGCAUACUGCGUCGGGACGUCCACGAACCAGCUCCGGUGGUUUCGGCUGGCAAAUCGAGGGUUCGUCGUGAGAGGACGCCUGGGUUCGGAGACGAGCACCUUCGACGCCAGCGGGGACGUGGUCGAGACCCAACCGUACCACCACGUGAGUCCGGAGGCCGUAGAGAGGGCGCUGGACCGGUUCCGAGGCCACUUCUUCCAGGACGUGCCCCCUCCCCCGGACGGCGGCAGAGCCAGCCCCGUGGCUCCCAUCCAGCGCCCCGUCGUCUGCCACGCGAUUGCCUGUGCCCAGCUCGACCUGCCCGAUUUCUCGCUCGAGAUCGAGAGCGGUCCUGGCUUUUCCCCACGGGUGUUCGUGCGCGAUCUUGGACGAGCACUGGGCAGCCGUGCCUGCCUGACGAGCCUGGAGCAGGUGCGGCAGGGGCCCUUCACACUGGAACAUGCCCUCCCGAGCUACCGCUGGUCGUGGGAGGAAGCCAGUGCCACCUCUCGGAAGCUGGCCGACCUCUGGGGCCCCUGCAUCGCCCAGGUCCGCCAGGAGAUGGAACACCAGAGGGCGCUCUUCGAGGGACGCGCCAGGUACUACUAGUCACACCGCCAGCUCCUUUGUCCAAUAAACAUGUCCAGCCCACGUCUUCUGGGUACCCUU